AUGGAGCAAGAAAUGCCUGAUGUCCAAGCUGGAUUUCGAAAAGGGAGAGGCACAAGAGAUCUAAUUGCAGUUAUUCGCUGGCUACUUGAGUGUUCCAACGAAUUUCAGAAGAAGGAUGAUGAAGUGGUUCUGCAGUGUACCGCCACCAUCCACAAAGAACAACAGAAACUAUGUUUGGCAGCAGAAGGAUUUGGCAACAGACUUUGUUUCUUGGAGUCCACUUCGAAUUCCAAGAAUGUCCCCCCAGACCUCUCCAUCUGCACCUUUGUGCUGGAACAGUCCCUCUCCGUCCGGGCCCUGCAGGAGAUGCUGGCUAACACAGUGGAGAAGUCAGAAGGGCAAGUUGAUGUGGAAAAAUGGAAAUUCAUGAUGAAGACUGCUCAGGGUGGUAGUCAUCGAACACUCCUCUAUGGACAUGCCAUAUUGCUACGCCAUUCCUACAGUGGCAUGUAUCUGUGCUGCCUGUCCACGUCCCGGUCUUCUACUGAUAAAUUGGCUUUUGAUGCUGGCUUACAAGAGGACACAACAGGUGAGGCAUGUUGGUGGACCAUACAUCCUGCCUCCAAGCAGCGAUCAGAAGGAGAAAAAGUACGAGUUGGAGAUGACCUCAUCUUAGUUAGCGUGUCCUCUGAAAGGUACUUGCACUUGUCCUACGGCAACGGCAGCUUACACGUGGAUGCUGCCUUCCAGCAGACUCUCUGGAGCGUGGCCCCCAUCAGCUCCGGAAGUGAAGCAGCCCAAGGGUAUCUGAUUGGUGGUGACGUCCUCAGGUUGCUGCACGGACACAUGGACGAAUGCCUCACUGUCCCCUCAGGAGAACAUGGUGAAGAGCAGCGGAGAACUGUUCAUUAUGAAGGUGGUGCUGUAUCUGUUCAUGCACGUUCCCUGUGGAGACUAGAGACACUAAGAGUUGCGUGGAGUGGAAGCCACAUAAGAUGGGGCCAGCCCUUCCGACUACGCCACGUCACAACAGGAAAGUACUUGAGUCUCAUGGAAGACAAAAGCCUUCUGCUCAUGGACAAAGAAAAAGCUGAUGUAAAAUCAACAGCAUUUACCUUCCGAUCUUCCAAGGAAAAAUUGGACGUAGGGGUGAGAAAAGAAGUCGAUGGCAUGGGAACAUCUGAAAUAAAAUAUGGAGACUCAGUAUGCUACAUACAACAUGUAAAUACAGGCCUGUGGCUAACUUACCAGUCUGUGGAUGUGAAAUCUGUGAGAAUGGGAUCCAUACAACGUAAGGCUAUUAUGCAUCAUGAAGGCCACAUGGAUGAUGGUUUAAAUUUAUCUAGAUCUCAGCAUGAAGAGUCACGGACAGCACGAGUCAUCCGGAGCACAGUCUUUCUUUUUAAUAGAUUUAUAAGGGGCCUUGAUGCUCUCAGCAAAAAAGCGAAGCCUUCCACAGUCGACUUACCUAUAGAGUCCGUAAGUCUGAGCCUGCAGGACCUGAUUGGCUACUUCCACCCACCAGAUGAGCAUUUAGAGCACGAAGACAAGCAGAACCGAUUGCGAGCUCUGAAGAAUCGGCAGAAUCUCUUCCAGGAAGAGGGAAUGAUCAACCUCGUGCUCGAGUGCAUAGACAGGCUGCACGUCUACAGCAGCGCGGCACACUUCGCAGAUGUCGCUGGGAGAGAAGCUGGGGAAUCCUGGAAAUCGAUUCUGAAUUCUCUGUAUGAGUUGCUGGCGGCUCUAAUUAGAGGAAAUCGUAAAAACUGUGCUCAAUUUUCUGGCUCCCUUGACUGGUUGAUCAGCCGACUGGAAAGACUGGAAGCUUCUUCUGGUAUUCUUGAAGUUUUACACUGUGUGUUAGUAGAAAGUCCAGAAGCUCUAAAUAUUAUUAAAGAAGGACAUAUUAAAUCCAUUAUCUCACUUUUAGACAAGCAUGGAAGAAAUCACAAAGUUCUGGAUGUCUUAUGCUCCCUCUGUGUUUGCCAUGGAGUAGCAGUCCGUUCUAACCAGCAUCUCAUCUGUGACAAUCUCCUGCCAGGAAGAGAUCUGUUAUUGCAGACACGCCUUGUGAACCAUGUCAGCAGCAUGAGACCCAAUAUUUUCCUGGGCGUCAGUGAAGGGUCUGCUCAGUAUAAGAAAUGGUACUAUGAAUUGAUGGUGGACCACACGGAGCCUUUUGUGACAGCUGAAGCGACUCACCUACGAGUGGGCUGGGCUUCCACGGAAGGGUAUUCUCCCUACCCUGGAGGGGGUGAAGAGUGGGGUGGAAAUGGUGUUGGAGACGACCUCUUUUCCUAUGGAUUUGAUGGCCUUCAUCUCUGGUCGGGUUGUAUUGCUCGUACUGUAAGCUCACCAAACCAACAUCUGUUGAGAACUGAUGAUGUCAUCAGUUGCUGUUUAGAUCUAAGUGCCCCAAGCAUCUCAUUCCGAAUUAACGGACAACCUGUGCAAGGAAUGUUUGAGAAUUUCAACAUUGAUGGCCUCUUCUUUCCAGUUGUUAGUUUCUCUGCAGGAAUAAAGGUACGCUUUCUGCUUGGGGGGAGACAUGGAGAAUUUAAAUUUCUUCCUCCACCUGGGUAUGCUCCUUGUUAUGAAGCUGUUCUGCCAAAAGAAAAGUUGAAAGUGGAACACAGCCGAGAGUACAAGCAAGAAAGAACGUACACACGGGACCUCCUGGGCCCCACAGUUUCCCUGACACAAGCCGCCUUCACACCGAUCCCUGUGGACACCAGCCAGAUCGUGUUGCCUCCUCACCUGGAGAGGAUAAGAGAAAAACUGGCAGAGAAUAUCCAUGAACUCUGGGUUAUGAAUAAAAUUGAACUUGGCUGGCAGUAUGGUCCGGUUAGAGAUGACAAUAAGAGACAACACCCGUGUCUGGUGGAGUUCUCCAAGCUGCCUGAGCAGGAACGGAAUUACAACUUACAGAUGUCGCUUGAGACCCUGAAGACUUUGUUGGCCUUAGGAUGUCAUGUGGGUAUAUCAGAUGAACAUGCGGAAGAAAAGGUGAAAAAAAUGAAGCUACCCAAGAAUUACCAGCUGACAAGUGGAUACAAGCCUGCCCCAAUGGACCUGAGCUUUAUCAAACUCACCCCGUCUCAGGAAGCGAUGGUGGACAAGCUGGCAGAAAAUGCUCAUAAUGUGUGGGCCCGGGAUCGAAUCCGGCAAGGCUGGACUUACGGCAUCCAGCAGGAUGUAAAGAACAGAAGAAACCCUCGCCUUGUUCCCUACGCCCUUCUAGAUGACCGAACCAAGAAGUCAAACAAGGACAGCCUCCGUGAGGCCGUGCGCACGCUGCUGGGGUAUGGCUACAACCUGGAGGCGCCAGAUCAAGACCAUGCGGCCAGAGCUGACAUGUGUAGCGGCACAGGAGAAAGGUUCCGAAUCUUCCGAGCUGAGAAAACCUAUGCUGUGAAGGCAGGAAGAUGGUAUUUCGAAUUCGAGGCUGUCACUGCUGGAGACAUGAGAGUUGGUUGGAGCAGACCAGGCUGUCAACCUGAUCAGGAACUUGGCUCAGAUGAACGUGCCUUUGCUUUUGAUGGCUUCAAGGCUCAACGGUGGCACCAGGGCAAUGAGCACUAUGGGCGCUCUUGGCAAGCAGGCGAUGUUGUGGGGUGUAUGGUUGACAUGACAGAACAUACCAUGAUGUUCACACUGAAUGGCGAAAUCCUUCUUGAUGAUUCGGGUUCAGAACUUGCUUUCAAGGACUUUGAUGUUGGUGAUGGAUUCAUACCUGUAUGUAGCCUUGGUGUGGCUCAAGUAGGCAGGAUGAACUUUGGAAAGGAUGUCAGCACCUUGAAAUAUUUCACCAUCUGUGGCUUACAAGAGGGCUAUGAACCAUUUGCUGUUAAUACAAACAGGGAUAUUACCAUGUGGCUAAGCAAGAGGCUGCCUCAAUUUCUCCAAGUUCCAUCAAACCAUGAGCACAUUGAGGUGACCAGGAUAGAUGGCACCAUAGACAGCUCCCCAUGUUUGAAGGUCACCCAGAAAUCCUUUGGUUCUCAGAACAGCAGCACUGAUAUCAUGUUUUAUCGCCUGAGCAUGCCAAUCGAGUGUGCAGAGGUCUUCUCCAAGACUCCGGCGGGAGGGAUCCCCGGUGCCGGCCUCUUCGGUCCCAAGAAUGAUUUGGAGGAUUAUGAUGCAGAUUCUGACUUUGAGGUUCUAAUGAAGACAGCUCAUGGCCAUCUGGUGCCCGAUCGUGUUGACAAAGACAAAGAGGCUACAAAACCAGAGUUUAAUAACCACAAAGAUUAUGCUCAGGAAAAGCCCUCUCGUCUGAAACAAAGAUUUUUGCUUAGAAGAACAAAGCCAGAUUAUAGCACAAGCCAUUCUGCAAGACUCACUGAAGAUGUCCUUGCGGAUGAUCGAGAUGACUAUGAGUACUUGAUGCAAACGUCCACGUACUAUUACUCAGUGAGAAUCUUUCCUGGACAAGAACCUGCUAACGUCUGGGUGGGCUGGAUUACCUCCGAUUUCCAUCAGUAUGAUACAGGCUUUGACUUGGACAGAGUUCGUACAGUAACCGUUACUCUAGGAGAUGAAAAAGGAAAAGUGCAUGAAAGCAUCAAGCGCAGCAACUGCUAUAUGGUGUGUGCGGGUGAGAGCAUGAGCCCCGGGCAAGGCCGCAAUAAUAACGGACUGGAGAUCGGCUGUGUGGUGGACGCUGCCAGCGGGCUGCUCACAUUCACUGCCAAUGGCAAAGAAUUGAGCACAUACUACCAGGUGGAGCCAAGUACAAAAUUAUUUCCUGCAGUUUUUGCGCAAGCUACAAGUCCCAAUGUUUUUCAGUUUGAAUUGGGAAGAAUAAAGAAUGUGAUGCCUCUCUCCGCGGGACUAUUCAAGAGUGAGCACAAAAACCCAGUGCCGCAGUGCCCCCCACGUCUCCACGUACAAUUUCUAUCACAUGUCCUGUGGAGCAGAAUGCCCAACCAAUUCUUGAAGGUAGAUGUCUCUCGAAUAAGUGAACGCCAAGGCUGGCUGGUGCAGUGUUUGGAUCCUCUUCAGUUCAUGUCUCUUCAUAUCCCAGAGGAGAACAGGUCUGUCGACAUAUUAGAAUUGACAGAGCAGGAAGAGCUGCUGAAAUUCCACUAUCACACCCUCCGGCUCUACUCUGCUGUCUGUGCUCUUGGGAACCACCGGGUGGCCCACGCCCUGUGCAGCCACGUGGAUGAACCUCAGCUCCUCUAUGCCAUCGAAAACAAGUACAUGCCCGGUUUGCUGCGUGCUGGCUACUAUGACCUGCUGAUUGACAUCCACCUUAGCUCCUAUGCCACUGCCAGGCUCAUGAUGAACAGUGAGUUCAUCGUGCCCAUGACGGAGGAAACAAAGAGCAUCACCCUUUUCCCUGAUGAGAACAAAAAGCAUGGCCUCCCAGGAAUUGGCCUCAGCACCUCCCUCAGGCCACGGAUGCAAUUUUCUUCCCCCAGUUUUGUAAGCAUUAAUAAUGAAUGUUACCAGUACAGUCCCGAGUUCCCGCUGGACAUCCUAAAGGCCAAAACCAUACAGAUGCUGACAGAAGCUGUUAAACAGGGCAGCCUUCAUGCCCGGGACCCAGUUGGGGGAACCACUGAAUUCCUCUUUGUACCUCUCAUCAAGCUUUUCUAUACCCUGCUCAUCAUGGGGAUCUUCCACAACGAGGACUUGAAACACAUCUUACAGUUGAUUGAGCCCAGUGUGUUCAAGGAAGCUGCCUCUCCAGAGGAAGAGAGUGAAGCGCUUGAGAAAGAGCCCUGUGCAGAAGACUCAAAGCUGGAAGGAGCUGGUGAAGAAGAAGCCAAAGGGGGCAAGAGGCCCAAGGAAGGCCUGCUCCAAAUGAAGCUGCCUGAGCCAGUUAAAUUGCAGAUGUGCCUGCUACUUCAAUACCUCUGUGACUGCCAGGUCCGACACCGGAUAGAAGCCAUUGUGGCCUUUUCAGAUGACUUUGUAGCUAAGCUCCAAGACAAUCAACGCUUCCGAUAUAAUGAAGUUAUGCAAGCCUUAAACAUGUCGGCAGCACUCACGGCCAGGAAAACAAAGGAAUUUAGGUCACCACCUCAAGAACAGCUUGGUCAGAUUCGUUCUCUGCUGAGUGUGAGAAUGGGCAAAGAAGAAGAGAAGCUUAUGAUUCGUGGAUUAGGGGAUAUCAUGAAUAAUAAAGUGUUCUACCAGCACCCUAAUCUCAUGAGGGCACUUGGCAUGCAUGAGACAGUGAUGGAGGUCAUGGUGAACGUCCUUGGAGGUGGGGAGUCCAAGGAAAUCACUUUUCCCAAGAUGGUGGCCAACUGUUGCCGGUUUCUCUGCUACUUCUGUCGCAUCAGUAGGCAGAAUCAAAAAGCUAUGUUUGAUCAUCUCAGUUAUUUGUUGGAAAACAGCAGCGUUGGUCUCGCCUCGCCGGCUAUGAGAGGUUCCACACCGUUGGAUGUGGCAGCAGCCUCGGUGAUGGAUAAUAACGAACUAGCCUUAGCUUUGCGUGAGCCAGAUCUGGAAAAGGUAGUUCGAUAUUUGGCUGGUUGUGGACUGCAAAGCUGCCAGAUGCUGGUGUCUAAGGGUUAUCCCGACAUUGGGUGGAAUCCAGUUGAAGGAGAGAGAUAUCUUGACUUUCUCAGAUUUGCUGUCUUCUGUAAUGGGGAGAGUGUGGAAGAGAAUGCAAAUGUUGUGGUGAGACUGCUCAUCCGGAGGCCUGAGUGUUUUGGUCCUGCUUUGAGAGGGGAAGGUGGAAAUGGACUUCUUGCAGUCAUGGAAGAGGCCAUAAAAAUAGCUGAGGAUCCCUCCCGAGACGGUCCCUCACCAACUAGCGGAUCCAGUAAAACCCCUGAUACAGAAGAGGAGGAAGAUGACACUAUCCACAUGGGGAAUGCCAUCAUGACCUUUUAUUCAGCCUUGAUUGACCUUUUAGGACGCUGUGCUCCUGAAAUGCAUUUGAUUCAUGCUGGUAAAGGAGAAGCCAUCAGAAUCAGGUCUAUUUUGAGAUCCCUAAUUCCACUGGGAGAUUUGGUGGGAGUAAUCAGCAUCGCUUUUCAGAUGCCAACAAUAGCCAAAGAUGGGAAUGUGGUGGAGCCUGACAUGUCUGCGGGGUUUUGCCCAGAUCACAAGGCAGCCAUGGUUUUGUUCCUUGACAGGGUCUAUGGAAUUGAGGUUCAAGAUUUCCUCCUCCAUCUUCUAGAGGUUGGCUUUCUGCCAGAUCUCCGGGCUGCCGCUUCUUUAGAUACGGCUGCUUUGAGUGCUACAGACAUGGCCUUGGCCCUCAAUCGGUACCUUUGCACAGCCGUGUUGCCUUUGUUAACGAGAUGUGCUCCUCUUUUUGCUGGCACAGAGCACCAUGCUUCCCUCAUUGACUCGUUACUUCAUACUGUGUAUAGACUUUCUAAGGGCUGCUCACUUACCAAAGCUCAACGUGAUUCCAUAGAAGUUUGUUUACUCUCUAUUUGUGGCCAAUUGAGACCUUCUAUGAUGCAGCACUUACUCAGAAGAUUAGUAUUUGAUGUCCCGUUAUUAAAUGAACACGCAAAGAUGCCUCUUAAGCUGCUGACAAAUCAUUAUGAAAGAUGCUGGAAAUAUUACUGCCUGCCUGGAGGAUGGGGGAACUUUGGAGCUGCCUCGGAAGAAGAGCUUCAUUUAUCAAGAAAGUUGUUCUGGGGCAUUUUUGACGCCCUUUCUCAAAAGAAAUAUGAGCAAGAACUUUUCAAACUGGCACUGCCUUGCCUGAGCGCAGUUGCGGGAGCUUUGCCUCCAGACUACAUGGAGUCAAAUUAUGUCAGUAUGAUGGAAAAACAGUCAUCAAUGGAUUCUGAAGGGAACUUUAACCCACAACCUGUUGAUACCUCAAAUAUUACAAUUCCUGAGAAGUUGGAAUACUUCAUUAACAAAUAUGCAGAACAUUCCCAUGACAGAUGGUCAAUGGACAAGUUGGCAAAUGGAUGGAUUUAUGGAGAAAUAUAUUCAGACUCAUCUAAAGUUCAACCAUUAAUGAAGCCAUAUAAACUAUUAUCUGAAAAGGAAAAAGAAAUUUAUCGCUGGCCAAUCAAAGAAUCUUUAAAAACGAUGCUGGCUUGGGGUUGGAGAAUUGAAAGAACACGGGAGGGAGACAGCAUGGCCCUUUAUAACCGGACUCGUCGUAUUUCUCAGACAAGCCAGGUUUCUAUAGAUGCUGCCCAUGGUUAUAGCCCCCGAGCCAUUGACAUGAGCAAUGUCACGCUAUCCAGAGACUUGCAUGCUAUGGCAGAAAUGAUGGCCGAAAACUACCAUAAUAUAUGGGCAAAGAAAAAGAAACUGGAACUGGAGUCCAAAGGAGGUGGAAACCACCCCCUGCUGGUACCCUAUGAUACACUGACAGCCAAAGAGAAAGCCAAGGACAGGGAAAAAGCACAGGACAUCCUCAAGUUCUUGCAGAUCAAUGGAUAUGCUGUAUCCAGAGGAUUCAAGGACCUGGAAUUGGACACACCUUCUAUCGAGAAACGAUUUGCCUAUAGUUUCCUUCAGCAGCUCAUUCGCUAUGUGGAUGAAGCUCAUCAGUAUAUCCUGGAGUUUGAUGGUGGCAGCAGAAGCAAAGGAGAACAUUUCCCUUAUGAACAAGAAAUCAAGUUCUUUGCUAAAGUCGUUCUUCCUUUAAUUGAUCAAUAUUUCAAAAACCAUCGUUUAUACUUCUUAUCUGCAGCAAGCAGACCUCUCUGUUCUGGAGGACAUGCAUCAAACAAAGAGAAAGAAAUGGUGACUAGCCUAUUCUGCAAACUUGGAGUUCUUGUCAGGCAUAGGAUUUCACUAUUUGGAAAUGAUGCAACAUCAAUUGUCAACUGUCUUCAUAUUUUGGGUCAGACUUUGGAUGCAAGAACUGUAAUGAAGACUGGCCUGGAGAGUGUUAAAAGUGCACUCAGAGCUUUUCUGGACAAUGCUGCAGAGGAUCUGGAGAAGACGAUGGAGAAUCUUAAGCAGGGCCAGUUCACCCACACCCGAAACCAACCCAAAGGUGUUACUCAGAUUAUCAAUUAUACCACGGUGGCACUGUUACCAAUGCUGUCAUCAUUAUUUGAGCAUAUUGGCCAGCAUCAGUUCGGAGAAGAUCUAAUAUUGGAAGAUGUACAGGUGUCAUGUUAUAGAAUUCUGACUAGCUUAUAUGCUUUGGGAACCAGCAAGAGUAUUUAUGUGGAAAGGCAACGUUCUGCAUUAGGAGAGUGUCUGGCUGCCUUUGCUGGUGCCUUUCCUGUAGCAUUUUUGGAAACUCAUCUCGACAAACAUAAUAUUUACUCUAUCUACAACACUAAGUCUUCACGAGAAAGAGCAGCUCUCAGUUUGCCAACUAAUGUGGAAGAUGUUUGUCCAAAUAUACCAUCUUUGGAGAAACUCAUGGAAGAAAUCGUAGAGUUAGCCGAGUCUGGUAUUCGCUACACGCAAAUGCCGCAUGUCAUGGAAGUCAUACUGCCCAUGCUUUGUAGCUACAUGUCUCGUUGGUGGGAGCACGGACCUGAAAACAAUCCAGAAAGGGCUGAAAUGUGCUGUACAGCUCUGAACUCAGAGCACAUGAACACACUUCUGGGGAAUAUAUUGAAAAUCAUAUAUAAUAACUUGGGAAUUGAUGAGGGAGCCUGGAUGAAGAGAUUAGCAGUAUUUUCCCAGCCUAUUAUAAAUAAAGUGAAACCUCAGCUCUUGAAAACUCAUUUCUUGCCAUUAAUGGAGAAACUCAAGAAAAAGGCAGCAAUGGUGGUAUCUGAGGAAGACCAUCUGAAAGCCGAGGCCAGGGGGGAUAUGUCCGAGGCUGAACUACUCAUUCUAGAUGAGUUCACUACUCUGGCCAGAGAUCUCUAUGCCUUCUACCCACUCUUGAUUAGAUUUGUGGACUAUAACAGGGCAAAGUGGCUAAAAGAGCCUAACCCAGAAGCAGAGGACCUUUUCCGCAUGGUGGCCGAAGUGUUUAUCUACUGGUCAAAAUCCCACAAUUUCAAAAGAGAAGAGCAGAACUUCGUGGUACAGAAUGAAAUCAACAAUAUGUCUUUCCUUAUUACUGAUACCAAAUCAAAGAUGUCAAAGGCAGCUGUUUCUGAUCAGGAAAGGAAGAAAAUGAAGCGCAAAGGAGAUCGAUAUUCCAUGCAGACCUCUCUUAUUGUAGCAGCGCUGAAGCGAUUACUGCCCAUUGGGUUGAACAUUUGUGCCCCUGGGGACCAGGAGCUCAUUGCUCUGGCCAAAAAUCGAUUUAGUAUGAAAGACACUGAGGAUGAAGUACGAGAUAUAAUCCGCAAUAAUAUUCAUUUACAAGGCAAGUUGGAGGAUCCUGCUAUUAGAUGGCAAAUGGCUCUUUACAAAGACUUACCAAACAGGACUGAAGAUACUUCAGAUCCUGAGAAGACAGUAGAAAGAGUAUUGGAUAUAGCAAAUGUGCUUUUUCAUCUUGAACAGAAAUCUACAUGUAUGCGCCGGAGAUAUUACAAUCCGGUGGAACAUCCUCAGAGAUCUAAAAAGGCUGUAUGGCACAAGCUGCUCUCUAAGCAAAGGAAAAGGGCAGUGGUAGCCUGCUUCCGAAUGGCUCCUUUGUAUAAUCUGCCAAGGCAUCGGGCUGUCAAUCUCUUUCUUCAAGGAUAUGAAAAGUCUUGGAUUGAAACGGAAGAACAUUACUUUGAAGACAAGUUGAUAGAAGAUUUAGCAAAACCUGGAGCAGAACCUCCAGAAGAAGAUGAAGGCACUAAGAGAGUUGAUCCUCUACAUCAGCUGAUCCUUCUGUUUAGUCGAACAGCUUUAACAGAGAAAUGCAAACUGGAGGAAGAUUUUUUAUAUAUGGCUUAUGCAGAUAUUAUGGCAAAGAGUUGUCAUGAUGAGGAAGAUGAUGAUGGUGAAGAGGAAGUGAAGAGUUUUGAAGUCACAGGAUCCCAACGCAGCAAGGAAAAAGAAAUGGAAAAGCAAAAGCUUCUAUACCAACAAGCCAGGCUCCAUGACCGCGGUGCUGCCGAGAUGGUGCUGCAGACCAUCAGUGCCAGCAAAGGUGAAACUGGACCAAUGGUAGCUGCUACUUUGAAGCUUGGAAUUGCUAUCUUAAAUGGUGGGAACUCUACAGUACAGCAGAAAAUGCUUGACUACCUCAAGGAGAAAAAGGACGUGGGCUUCUUUCAGAGCCUUGCUGGCCUGAUGCAGUCAUGUAGCGUCCUUGACCUAAAUGCAUUUGAGCGACAAAACAAAGCUGAAGGACUUGGAAUGGUGACAGAGGAAGGAUCAGGAGAAAAGGUUCUGCAGGAUGACGAGUUCACCUGUGACCUCUUCCGCUUCCUGCAGCUGCUUUGUGAGGGACACAACUCAGAUUUUCAGAAUUAUCUGAGAACUCAGACUGGCAAUAAUACGACUGUCAACAUAAUCAUCUCGACUGUAGACUACCUACUGAGGGUGCAGGAAUCAAUUAGUGAUUUCUAUUGGUAUUACUCUGGGAAAGAUGUUAUUGAUGAACAAGGACAACGGAAUUUCUCCAAAGCAAUUCAAGUAGCAAAACAAGUCUUUAACACUCUCACAGAGUAUAUUCAGGGUCCUUGCACUGGCAAUCAGCAGAGUUUGGCCCACAGCAGGCUAUGGGAUGCAGUGGUGGGUUUUCUUCAUGUAUUUGCCCACAUGCAGAUGAAGCUGUCUCAGGAUUCCAGUCAAAUUGAGCUAUUAAAAGAAUUAAUGGAUCUUCAGAAGGAUAUGGUGGUCAUGUUGCUGUCCAUGUUAGAAGGUAAUGUUGUUAAUGGAACCAUCGGCAAGCAGAUGGUUGAUAUGCUUGUGGAAUCCUCCAACAACGUGGAGAUGAUUCUCAAAUUUUUUGACAUGUUCUUAAAACUAAAGGAUUUGACAUCUUCUGAUACAUUUAAAGAAUAUGACCCUGAUGGCAAAGGAGUCAUUUCCAAGAGGGACUUCCAUAAAGCAAUGGAGAGCCAUAAGCACUACACUCAAUCAGAAACCGAGUUUCUUCUGUCCUGCGCAGAGACAGAUGAAAAUGAAACCCUUGACUAUGAAGAAUUUGUCAAACGGUUCCACGAACCUGCAAAGGACAUCGGCUUCAACGUUGCUGUUCUUCUGACCAAUCUUUCUGAACACAUGCCCAAUGAUACUCGACUGCAGACUUUCCUGGAAUUAGCAGAGAGUGUGCUGAAUUACUUCCAGCCCUUCCUGGGCCGCAUCGAGAUCAUGGGCAGUGCCAAACGCAUUGAGAGGGUUUAUUUUGAAAUCAGUGAGUCCAGCCGAACCCAGUGGGAGAAGCCCCAGGUCAAGGAGUCCAAGAGGCAGUUCAUAUUUGAUGUGGUCAACGAAGGGGGAGAGAAAGAGAAGAUGGAACUCUUUGUCAACUUCUGUGAGGACACCAUAUUUGAAAUGCAGCUCGCGGCUCAGAUCUCAGAGUCAGAUUUAAAUGAGAGAUCAGCGAAUAAAGAAGAAAGUGAGAAGGAGAAGCCCGAAGAGCAGGGUCCAAAAAUGGGUUUCUUUUCCAUUCUGACAGUCAAGUCGGCCCUGUUUGCUCUCAGGUAUAAUAUCUUGACCCUGAUGCGCAUGCUCAGCCUAAAGAGCCUGAAGAAACAGAUGAAGAAAGUGAAGAAGAUGACUGUGAAGGACAUGGUCACAGCCUUCUUUUCAUCCUACUGGAGUAUUUUUAUGAGCCUCUUGCACUUUGUGGCCAGCGUUUUCAGAGGCUUUUCCCGCAUCAUCUGUAGCCUGCUGCUGGGAGGAAGCCUGGUAGAAGGCGCGAAGAAGAUCAAAGUGGCAGAGCUCUUAGCCAACAUGCCAGACCCCACUCAGGACGAGGUGAGAGGAGAUGGAGAGGAGGGGGAGAGGAAACCCAUGGAAACAGCCCUGGCCUCGGAAGAUCUCACAGAUUUAAAGGAACUGACAGAGGAAAGUGACCUUCUUUCGGACAUAUUUGGCUUGGAUCUGAAGAGAGAAGGAGGACAGUACAAACUCAUUCCUCACAAUCCAAAUGCUGGCCUCAGCGACCUCAUGAGCAACCCAGUCCCCAUUCCCGAGGUGCAAGAGAAAUUUCAGGAACAGAAGGCAAAAGAAGAAGAAAAGGAAGAAAAAGAAGAAAACAAAUCCGAACCUGAAAAAGCUGAGGGAGAAGAUGGAGAAAAAGAAGAAAAAAACAAAGAAGACAAGGGUAAACAAAAAUUGAGGCAGCUCCACACACAUCGAUAUGGAGAGCCAGAAGUUCCUGAGUCAGCAUUCUGGAAGAAAAUCAUAGCUUAUCAACAGAAACUUCUAAACUAUUUUGCUCGCAACUUUUACAACAUGAGAAUGUUGGCCUUAUUUGUCGCAUUUGCAAUCAAUUUCAUCUUGCUUUUUUAUAAGGUCUCCACUUCUUCUGUGGUUGAAGGAAAGGAGCUCCCCACUCGCAGUUCAAGUGAAAAUGCCAGAGUUAGCAGCCUGGACAGCGGCUCGCCUCGAAUCAUCGCAGUUCACUAUGUUCUGGAGGAGAGCAGCGGCUACAUGGAGCCCACGUUGCGUAUCUUAGCUAUUCUCCACACAGUCAUUUCUUUCUUCUGCAUCAUAGGAUACUACUGCUUGAAAGUCCCAUUGGUUAUUUUUAAACGAGAAAAAGAAGUAGCUCGAAAAUUGGAAUUUGAUGGGCUUUAUAUUACAGAACAGCCUUCUGAAGAUGAUAUUAAAGGCCAGUGGGAUAGACUGGUAAUCAACACACAGUCGUUUCCCAACAACUACUGGGACAAAUUUGUUAAAAGAAAGGUUAUGGAUAAAUACGGGGAGUUCUAUGGCCGAGAUAGAAUCAGCGAGUUACUUGGCAUGGACAAAGCUGCUCUGGACUUCAGUGACGCCCGGGAAAAGAAGAAGCCAAAGAAAGACAGCUCCCUAUCAGCUGUACUGAACUCUAUUGAUGUGAAGUAUCAGAUGUGGAAACUAGGAGUCGUUUUCACUGACAACUCCUUCCUCUACCUCGCCUGGUAUAUGACUAUGUCCAUUCUUGGACACUAUAACAACUUUUUUUUUGCUGCUCAUCUUCUUGACAUUGCUAUGGGAUUCAAGACGUUAAGAACCAUCUUGUCAUCAGUAACUCACAAUGGCAAACAGCUUGUGUUAACUGUCGGCUUAUUAGCUGUCGUCGUGUACCUAUAUACUGUUGUAGCGUUCAACUUCUUCCGAAAAUUCUACAAUAAAAGUGAAGAUGGUGAUACGCCAGAUAUGAAAUGUGAUGACAUGCUAACGUGCUAUAUGUUCCACAUGUAUGUUGGGGUACGUGCUGGAGGGGGUAUCGGUGAUGAAAUCGAAGACCCAGCAGGUGACGAAUAUGAGAUCUAUCGAAUCAUCUUUGACAUCACCUUCUUCUUCUUCGUAAUUGUCAUUCUCUUGGCCAUAAUACAAGGUUUAAUUAUUGACGCUUUUGGAGAACUAAGAGACCAACAGGAGCAAGUCAAAGAAGACAUGGAGACCAAAUGCUUCAUCUGUGGUAUAGGCAAUGAUUACUUCGACACAGUGCCACAUGGCUUUGAAACCCACACUUUACAGGAACACAACUUGGCCAAUUACCUGUUUUUUCUGAUGUAUCUCAUAAACAAAGAUGAAACAGAACACACAGGACAGGAAUCUUAUGUCUGGAAGAUGUAUCAAGAAAGAUGCUGGGAAUUUUUCCCAGCAGGAGAUUGCUUCCGGAAACAGUAUGAAGACCAGCUGAAUUAAGCUCCGACCCAGAUCACCUCCAAAAACCAAAACAUACACACUCUCUCUCUCUCUGUGUCUCUCUGACUCUGUCUCUCUCUCGCUGCUCUCUUGGAAACAUCUUGCUGAUUUUGUGAAUUGCCAGCAUUAUAUGCUUUCUGAGAGCAGUGAAGCUGUUUCUGAAGACCUGACUGUGUUUUCCCCCCUACCUUGUGUAUUUUCUUUGAGAAUAAAGACUGAAGAAUAAUCUAAAUUCAUACCCAGACAAAAUAGGAACUCUGGAAAGAAAACCAUUCCGGACACUCUCAAUCAUAACACAGACAGACAGAUUUCCUUCUGGGACUCCUGGAAGUCUCCCUGAGCUACGGGACAUGCACAGACAAGCCUGGCAGCCACACUCAUCCAGCCUCUUUAGUUCACCAUCCUGAAAGGAACCCUCUAAUGGUCACAGAGCACUGUAGCACUUAACAGAUUGCCGUGGACACCAGUUACGAAAGGAAAUAGUGCCUUACUCUAUGUGGGUUGAGCUAUGCAGAAGAUAUGUGCAUGAAAAAUCAUCUUCAUUUUCUUUGUGUCGACCUUUGUUUUUCUUAGAUUGAUUUUGUGAGGUUUUUUUCUUUUAUUCUUUUCUUUGAUGGGGGAGGGUAAGAAAAGCAGUUUGUGUGCACCAUUUUAAAAAGACGGGUGGCCUGUCUCAGGACGAGAGGAGGCUCUUCUCAUUCAGUUAAUUCACAUUGACCCUCCCCCUGCGCUCUUGCUGUUAUUUUGGUAAUGCUCUGAUGCAACAUUGCAACUUUAUGAAAUCUUUGUAUGAAAACAAAAAGACUGCAAAAAAUACACUUUCAAGAGAAAUAAUUCAUCGCAUGUUUAUUAUGCAAGUGUAAACAAACAAAGAAAACCUUCAGAAGCAAGUUGAUAAACGUGAGAGAACUUUCACGGUAAUUAUACUCAUAGUGAUAAAGUGUCGUGGGCUUAAUUGUAUCUUUGGAGCCAGUGUCAUCCACCAACGAUACAUUGUGAACUUGACAGUAGUUUUGGGUUUUCUCUUUCUUUCGGCCACCUGUGAUCGGUUGUGAUUAAGGACUUCUUGUCAGGCCAUUUUUUAAUCUCAACGCUGAAGCAAUAUCCAUUCAGGGAUUUCAUGAGUUGCAUCAAAAAACAGGGAUGAUGAUAUCGGUCACUCCAUCUUGAGUCCUUUUAAAUGUAACGCUAAUCUUUACAAAUAAAAAGACAGAUUCAGAAUGGAAGCAAGGUCAUUUUGCAAACAUUGGAGCUCUUUUAUUACAAGUCUGCUUGUUAAUUUUAGAAUUGUAAAACUGCUCUGAUUAAACUAUUUAACUAA